AUGACUAUUGAUCCAGAAAAGAUAGAGGAAAAGUCAGAAGAUGUUGGAGCGAGGUCACAAGCAUCGUCUGCUCGAUCCAGGACGCUGUCUGUAGUGCCAAGGCUAAAACGACGAGGCUUCCUCGCGCAAUUGACGCUUAUUCCAGAGGUCGAACGGCCGUACGACUAUCCAGACAAAGUCAAAUGGACCAUAACAGCGUUCAUAGCAUUAGCAGCGUGUGCUGCGCCGAUGGGGUCUUCUAUCUUCUUUCCUGCCCUCCCGGAGAUGUCUAUAAGUCUCAAUGCAUCGCCUACAGUGGUAAACUUGACGGUAGCGUUGUAUAUGCUUUCAAUGUCAAUUUUCCCACUAUGGUGGAGUUCUUUUUCUGAGACCCUCGGACGACGUAAUAUCUACCUGUCGUCCUUCUUUCUAAACGUUGUCUUCUCCCUUUUAAGCGGACUCAGUGUUAACAUCGCUAUGUUGAUCGUUUUCCGUGUCCUCUCUGGCGGAGCUGCUGCAUCUGUGCAGGCCGUCGGCGCGGGCACUAUAGCCGAUAUAUGGGAACCCAGAGAACGCGGUCGUGCUAUGGGCUACUUCUACCUAGGACCAUUGAUGGGCCCCCUUUUGGCUCCCAUCAUCGGUGGAGCACUUACUGAAGGUUUUAACUGGAGAGGCACAGAAUGGUUCCUUACUGCGUAUGGUGCCGUUGUGUUUGUUCUUGUCUUAUUCUGCGUGCCGGAAACCCUAGCAAGGCGUCCGGCCGCGACCACGGCCCCGUCCUCACACGCAAACGACCUUUCACGCGUCUCCACCACGCGCUCGGUACAGAUAUACACCAAGAAAGCUGCAACGGGGUUCAAACGAUGUUUCCUCGACCCCCUCGAAAUCAUCACGUACCUGCGUUUCCCCGCCGUCGCGAUCACCGUCUACUACGCCGCCAUCACCUUCGGAGCCCUCUACGUCCUCAACAUCUCCAUCCAAUCCUCUUUCUCGAAGGAACCGUACAGCUACUCCGCCAUCAUCAUAGGCCUGCUCUACCUCCCCGGGUCGCUGGGCUACUUCGCCGCAAGCAUGCUAGGCGGCCGGUGGAUCGACCGCAUCAUGGUGCGCGCGGCGGAGAAGGCGCAGCGCUACGACGCCAACGGCAAGCUCAUAUACCUUCCCGAGGACCGCAUGCGCGAGAACGCGUGGAUCGCGGCGACCUUGUACCCGGGCGCCCUGGUGUGGUCCGGCUGGACGCUGAGGUACGGAAUCCACUGGGCCGCGCCGUCCGUGGCCAACUUCUUCUUCGGCGUGGGCAGCAUGCUGGUGUUCAGCGCGGCGACGACGAUGCUCACGGAGUUCAUGCCGGGGAGGAGCAGUAGCGGCGUGGCGCUUAACAAUUUCGUGAGGAAUAUCUUGAGCUGUACUGGCGGUAUCGUCGGACAACCGCUGAUCGAUGUGAUGGGCGUGGGUUGGCUGAUGACGUUGGUGGGAUUGGUUGCUUGGGUAAGCGGGAACGUGUGCAUUUACUUCCUGAGAAAGAACAGUCGGAAGUGGAGGGCGCAGAUGGAUAAGGCUCUGAAUGGAAAGUGA